ACUGCGAAAAGGGAAUAUAAUUUCAAACAACUUUCCUAUUCUUGAUGAAACGAGAAUCAACAUAUUCCUACAAAGCAGAAAACGAACACAGAGGGAUGAAGAUUAAAAGAUAAUAUAUAAUCACAUAUGACGACAUACUUUGUGACGAAAUUUUAUUGAAGUGUUACUGAGCUUUUCAUCAAGGAAGUCCAUUCAACGAAACACACCAAAAAUAGUGAAUAGAAACCAACAGAAGUAAAUGAAAGUGUCGUUAAUGCAAAAUCUUUUUAUUUUCGAGGCACUUAAUUAAAUUUUGAGGCAUUUUUAAAACAGAUUUGAAAUCUUCAUAGUUUUUGCUGACAUCAAGUUGCAAAAGAGGUAAACUUUUUUGUUGACGUUGAAAUACCAAACUACUGAAAUUUGUAAACAAUUUGAAUGUGUUACAAACAGAGACUUUUAUAAUGUUAGACAGAUAUCAUAAAAAUCAGUUUGAAUAUCAAGUAUAUUUCAUUAACUUAGUAACAAUGAUUUUCUUAGUGAGUGUAGAUGCGUCACCAUUCAACAGAAUGAGAAAACAGUGUGAAGAUAUCAGAGUCCCCAUGUGUAAGGACAUUGGCUACAAUGUUACGUCUAUGCCCAAUCAGUUUUAUCAUCAAACGCAAAAGGAAGCAGGGUUGGAAGUCCACCAGUUCUGGCCAUUGGUUGAGAUUCAGUGUUCAAAGGACUUACGGUUCUUUCUAUGUUCUAUAUAUAUACCAAUCUGUAUGCCAGAUUAUGAGGGAUCUAUUCCAGCAUGCCGUUCUGUUUGUGAAAGAGCGCAGCUUGGAUGUGCUCCCAUUAUGAAACAGUAUGGGUUUGCUUGGCCAGAGAGAAUGAACUGUGGGAAUCUACCUGAAUAUGGAAAUUCCGGUCACGUAUGUAUGGACGAGCUCGAGGGUGGUGGUGGUAGCUCCAAAUAUUCAAUGUCAAAUACUAGUAAAACUGUCCCUUCUCACAUCGGUAAGGACAUGUUAGGGAGAGAAACAAGGCCAACAAACAAACAUCCAGAUGUAAUGAAAACAUCAAUAUCCAACAAUUCAAGACCAUCUGUGACCUUUGACUCUGACUGUGUGUGCCAGUGCCGAUAUCCAAUGAUUUCCCUCAAAGAAUACAAAAAGAAAGAAUAUUACAAUAAAGUUGAAAGCGGUGGGGUUCUUAACUGUGCUUUGUCGUGUCAUGGUUUAUUUCACACAAAGAGUGAGCAUGUAUUUGCAACAAUAUGGUUAAGUGUAUGGGGAAUUUUGUGUUGUCUAUCCACUACACUGACAGUAACAACAUUCAUGAUUGAUAAGGAGCGGUUCCGAUAUCCAGAGCGUCCAAUCAUCUUCUUGUCAGGCUGUUAUUUCAUGACAUCCAUUGGCUACUUAAUUAGAAUAGGAGUGGGGCAUGAGGCCAUAGCAUGUGAUGAAUACAUUAUUCGAUAUCAAAGUUCAGAGCGAUCUGCCAUGUGCAUUGUUGUCUUUCUACUCAUUUACUUCUUUGGAAUGGCCAGUUCCCUCUGGUGGGUAAUGUUGACUCUGACGUGGCUUCUGGCAGCGGGAAUGAAGUGGGGGAAUGAAGCCAUCGCUGGAUGCUCACUUUACUUUCAUUUAGUAGCUUGGGCAAUUCCCGCCAUGAAAACGAUCGCCAUUUUGUCUGUGGAUGGAAUUGAUGGUGACCCAGUAGCUGGAAUCUGUUAUGUCGGAAACCAAAACGUUGCUCUUUUAAGAAGAUUUGUUUUGAUUCCACUAUGUGUUUAUCUUAUGGUGGGCACGUCUUUCCUUCUAGGCGGAUUUAUUGAACUCUUUCGCAUCAGGAGCAUCAUUAGACAGCAAGAGAGAGACAGUGUUGACAAACUGGAAAAACUGAUGGUUCGGAUUGGCAUAUUUUCUGUUUUGUACACUGUUCCCGCCACUUCAAUUAUUGGCUGCUACAUCUACGAGCAUGUAUCUAGGGAUACGUGGGAGCGUAGCACAAACUGUCCCUGCAGUGGGCCAGACCUGAAACCAGAUUAUUCUGUGUUUAUGCUCAAGUACUUCAUGUUUCUCAUUGUUGGUAUCACAUCUGGAUUCUGGAUAUGGUCCGAAAAAACCCUGGAAUCUUGGAAAAAGUUUUUUGCUAGAUUGUGCAGGCUAAAGACUCGUCCAAACCAUUGGAUUCAAGAAGAUGUUAAAGUGACUUAUAAAACUCCUUGUCAGACUACCUCCAAAAGAAAGUAG